AUGAGUGUCGACUCAUCUCCAUUGAGUAUCUGGUCGAAUUGUCAACCGGGUAUUCAGCAUCGAAUCAAUGCUCUACUGAACUAUGAAGCCGAAUAUUUUCGUUUACGUGCUGAAUUUCAUCGACAACUUCAAGAUUUGCAGUAUUCCUACUAUCCUCACUUCGAACAAAUCUUAGAACAACGACGACAGAUCAUCAACGGUUCAUCGAAUGUUUCAAUAUCUAAUGGAAACAAACCUUACAUAGUUUCUGCCAAGGAAGGAAUUCCACUAUUCUGGCUAACAGUACUGAAAAAUCUUGAUUCGUACGAUUAUCCUGUUCGCUCGUGUGAUGAAGCAUGUUUGAAACAUCUUACCGAUAUCCGCUGUCGGCUCAAUCCACCGUCGUCUCAGACAACAAGUUUUGCACUUGAAUUUCAUUUUUCGUCUUCAAAUCCGUACUUUUCUGAAACAAUUCUAACGAAACACUAUUGGAUUCGACUACAAGCCAAUGUUUCAUCGCCGUACCGAUCAUAUGACGGACCAGAAAUCGAUCGAUGCUCGGGCUGUUCCAUCUCCUGGAAUCCAAAUCACGAUUUAACUAUUCGGAAACGAAUUAAGCAAAAACGAAAUAAGAUAACUGGAGAAAUUCGUCGAGUACAAGUCGAAGAACGGAUUCCGUCCUUUUUUGAUUUCUUCUCACCACCAAUUAUUCAUGAAAAUGGUAUUCAAGACAUGUCUGACGACGAUCACAUUCGUUUGGAAGCUGAUUUUCAAUUUGGAUUGCUAUUAAAGCAACAAGUCAUACCGAAAGCUCUACUUUAUUACACAGGCGAAGCUUUAUCUCCGUACGGUUUCAACACUGAAGACAGUUCGUCGAAUAGUUCAUCAUAG